UCUCACUUAGAGGACCUGACACACACACACACACACACACACACACACACACGCACACACACACACACAUAGACUGACUGAUUCAUUCACGUAUGAACUUAUGGAGUACAUCCUGCUGUUGUGGAUCACUUCUCUGCUGCCAGGACCUCUGAGCUGCUUUAACAUCGACACAAGACACGCAAAAAUCAUCCAGGGUUCGAAGGAGGCUCAGUUCGGAUAUACGGUCCAACAACAUGAGGCCAGGGGCCGGAAAUGGCUCUUGGUUGGUGCUCCCUUUGAGAGCAGUGGUGCACACCAGACAGGUGACGUCUACAGAUGUCCACUUGACAGCAAACCCGUCACAAACUGCACACGACUGCAUCUAGGAAAGAUAUCCCUGAACAACGUGUCGGAGCGCAAGGACAGAAUGAGGUUGGGAAUGACCCUAGCUUCCAACCCGAAGGACAACAGUUUUGUGGCGUGUGGUCCGCUGUGGUCAUAUGAAUGUGGAAGUUCCUACUACAGUACCGGCAUCUGUUCAAGAGUCAACAGCACCUUCAAAUUCACCCACAGCAUCGCUCCAGCAUUUCAAAGAUGUGAGACCUACAUGGAUAUAGUGAUCGUUCUUGAUGGAUCCAAUUCCAUCUACCCCUGGUAUGAAGUUCAGGAUUUUCUGAUAAAUGUCCUACAGAAGUUUUACAUCGGUCCAGGACAGAUCCAGGUGGGUGUGAUUCAGUACGGCGAGCGAGUGGUCCAUGAGUUUCGUCUGAAUGAGUUUCGUACGGUCGAGGAGGUAGUAGCUGCGGCACAGGACAUCGACCAGCGCGGUGGCGAAGAAACUCGAACGGCGCUCGGAAUUAACAUGGCUCGAACUCAAGCAUUCAAACAUGGAGGUCGACCAGAUGCUAAGAAGGUCAUGAUUGUGAUCACUGAUGGGGAAUCACACGACAGCCCAGAUCUAAAGAACGCUGUGGAGGAAAGCGAAAGAGACAAUAUCACCUUGUAUGGAAUCGCUGUUCUUGGCUCCUAUAACCGGCGAGGAAUCAAUCCUGAAGCUUUUCUGAGAGAAAUCAAGUUCAUCGCCACCGAUCCUGAGGAGCACUUCUUCAGCGUCACCGACGAGUCUGCCUUGAAGGACAUCGUUGAUGCUCUUGGAGAGAAGAUCUUCAGUUUGGAGGGAACAAACCAGAAUGGGACGGCCUUCGGUCUGCAGAUGUCCCAAGCUGGAUUCUCCUCCCAUAUCGUGGAAGACGGGAUUCUGGUUGGUGCGGUCGGGGCAUAUGACUGGAAUGGGGCAGUUCUGAAGGAGACCCGUCAUGGUAAAGUUAUCCCGCCCAAGUCCUCCUACCUGAAAGAGUUCCCAGAGGAACUGAAGAACCAUGGAGCGUAUUUGGGGUACAUGGUGUCCUCUGUGGUCUCAGCCCAACAUGGUCAGCUGUAUGUCGCUGGAGCUCCUCGAUUCAACCACACAGGGAAAGUCAUCGUCUUCACCCUGACCAACAGUGGAAACCUCACCAUCCUGCACUCCCUUCACGGACAGCAAAUCGGGUCGUAUUACGGCAGUGAAUUGUCUCCGCUCGAUCUGGACGAUGACGGACUGACGGAUCUCCUCCUCGUCGGCGCUCCCAUGUACUUCCAAAGCGGCUGGGAGAAAGGGCGCGUCUACAGCUACACCAUCAACUCACAUGGAAAUUUUAUACUAGAUGGAACUCUUGGUCCGUCUGAACAGGCUCAUGAUUCCCGGUUCGGCGCGGCCAUGUCUGCUCUUCCGGAUCUGAACGGCGAUGGAUUCAGUGAGCUGGUAGUGGGUGCGCCGCUGGAGGAUGACCACAAGGGAGCAAUCUAUCUGUGCUAUGGACGGCAAAACAGCAUGCAACCAAAAUAUAAACAGAGAAUAUCCGGCAGCGAUCUCUCCCCAGGUCUUCGUUAUUUUGGCCGCAGUGUGCAUGGAAUGAUGGACAUGAAUGGAGAUGGGCUCAUAGAUCUGUCUGUGGGCUCUUUAGGGGCCGCAGUUCUGCUCUGGUCUCGUACGGUUGUCCGUGUAGAGAUCAGUGUGAAGUUUGAGCCGUCAAAGAUUAAUGUGUUUAAUAAAGACUGCAUUCGAGGAGGGCGAGAGGUGUCGUGUAUGUUGGCCAAUGUUUGUCUGAACGUCACUGCACGGACACCAAUGUUGGAUCCAAAAACAGUCGCGUUGAGGUACAGUUGUGAUUUUGAAGAGAGUGGAUAUUUCCCCAGAGCUGUGUUAGACAGCACAGAACUACAGCAGCCCAGAGACGUCAACAUGCAGCCGGACACUGAAUACUGCCAGCAAGUGUACUUCCACGUACAUGAAGUGACAGACUACACACGACCCCUGAUCUUCACUGUUAACAUCGGCUUACAGAACACAGAGGAGGGACCGGUGCUUGACGACGGGUGGCCCACCAGUCUCACAGCAGAGCUUCCAUUCUGGAAUGGUUGUGAUAAUGACGAUCUGUGUGUUUCAAACCUUAUUCUGCAGAGCAGCUCUGACUUAUUAGAUCGCAGCCAGUUCUGCGGGCGGCGCGAGCGGGCGACGUGGCCACUGUGUGUUCAUCAGAGGACGAGAGCGAGCGACGAGCGUGUUGUGGAGGCUGGCCGAAAGAGAGUCCUCGUGGAGGCGCGUUUGGAGAACAGAGGAGAGAAUGCGUACAACACGCUACUGCACGUGACCAAUUCUCCAAACCUUCAGUUCUCCAGUCUGAUGGUGAAGGCUCCGUCAGAUGUCACAAUCAAGUGUCUGAACUCUGACGAUCCAAAUCGUCACCUUACCUGUAAUGUCAGUGCACCGUUUAUGAGAUCACAAGCACAGGUCUAUUUUCGUCUUGAGUUCGAAUUUAGCAGGUCGGUCUUCUUGAACUAUGUUCAGAUCAUUCUAAGGGUGUCCAGUGAUGGUGAAGAGAUUUCUCCAGAGGACAACAUAAAUGAUAUCUAUCAUACCUUGAAAUAUGAGGCAGAUAUUCUUUUCACAAGAGAUUCCAGCCCAUCCCGUUUCGAGAUCAAACCCGAGCUGGCACAGAAUGUCCCCCUUGGAUCCGGACCCGCCUUCAACCUCUCCUAUCAGAUCCAGAAUCUUGGCCUGUUCCCUGUAUCUGAGCUUCUCUUCACUCUAAAUGUCUUUGCUGUGACUGUAAAUGCGAACGCUCUCUUGCAUCUCUCAGACUUGGUUAUCGACCAGAUGUCUGGAUCGCACUGUAACGUUCCUCGUGUCAUCACCUCUGGUUCCUCCUCACAGGAAGAUCUCUCCUUUAACACACACAUGAGCCCUACCACCAGUGACGCAUUAUUUGCGCAGUGUAGAAUCAACCUGCCUCCACAAGGAGAUGUUAGCAUAUUCGCAGCAGGAUGGCUUGACCUUCAUGCAUUAUUAGCUGUGAAAUUUAAAAGGUUAGAGCUGAUGCUGAGUGCUGCAGUAGAGCUGAGCUCCUCAAGUCCGAUAUUUCUUCAUGAGGAGAGACCCAUGAGACACAUAAUCCUAGAGGUCAGGAAGGAGGAAGAUUACAGAAUUCCCAUCUGGGUGAUUAUUGGAAGCACUUUGGGUGGACUGCAACUUCUCGCCCUGCUAGUGCUCGCGCUCUGGAAGCUUGGAUUCUUCCACAGACAAAAGAGAAAGAAGGGCGAACAAUCAACUAAUGACAAGACAGCCGAGGAUUGGUAAUGUCAACCGCAUGGCAACCUCCUCCACAGCCAAUCACUCAGGGACUUUCCAGAGGCGGGUGUGUGGCAAUCAGCCAAUCAGCUGCUCCUAUACACUGCCACGCCCUCCUGCACUCUAAUGAGGAACCAAUCAGCUUGCUUAAUCGCUGUGCCAAUUAAGACAGAAGUCGCUAUUUAUUCGACUUUUAACUAGUCUAAAACUUCGAUUUGCCAAACAGAACGAAGUGUAAUGGAUGACGGUUAAGGAAUAGUUUUAAAUGGUUGAGAAAAAGUCAGAUUAGACAAAUAAAUCCACUACAGCGAGAAUUUUCUUGUCUUUAUGGUGCCAAUCAAAAUGUUUGUGAACUAUGCAGCAAACCUCAGAUUGUGGAAUGAAUAUUGUUUAUAAUUCAGUUAAAUUAAGGCUGAGACACUUGCACAUUGUAAAAACACUUUGCACUUGAAAUUUGUAAAUAUAAGUGCUUUUUAAAAGAGAGUUCAGCAAUAUGAUGUAAUACAAUGAUAAAAUAUUUAACCAUAAAAUUAUUAAUAUCAUGAUGCAUUUUGUUGCCACAACAUCAGCUGGACAGGUCAAUGAAUCUGAAAUGUGCUUUUUCAUCCGGUGAUAAUUUUACAUUUAUAUACAGUGUGAGUUUUCUGAGAGAACAUCUAUUUAUGUUGAUUUAUCCCAUAUCAGAACCUCAGAAUAAUAAAAGGUACUUUAGGGUAAAACAUGGAAAUUAUUAUUAUUAUUUUUUACCAUACUUGAGGAUAACUUGUAUGUAAACUACUCAAAAGUUUGGAAACACGACUUAAUUUAUGUCUCUCAUGAUCUUAAAAGAAAAUUUGUUUAAAGGUUAAUAAAUUAAGAGUUAAGAAUGAGAUAAAUGUUGUUUAAAAUGGUUUUAAAGUAUAGCAUGACCACUGUUUUGAAUAAAACAGUCACUCUUGCAACUUUCUAAACAUAUUGCAUGUACUAUAGAAAUCCAAAUAUUCUCCUUAUUGUCAUAUGGCAUGGCUUGACCGCUGUUAUAGUGUAAGGCACUGUGGCAAUUCUAUAGCCACUCAUUUUAAAUCUGCUGUCGUUUAAAUUCAUGUGACAAAUGCAAAUGUUGACAUUAUAUUGCAGAUUGCAACUGAAUGUGUCAGAAGUAUCUUUGUUUGCACUUAUGAAGGAGGCAAUUAAUAUAAAACUGAACCAUGUACAUGAGAUAAGAGUCUAAACCAGAAUAAAAAGACAGUUUGCUAUGUCGGAGUGAAAAAUAGUCGUUCUGAGUCAUGUUUUAACCGAUAUAAUGGAGAUGCAAAUGGGAAGCAUGGCUUCCCCAAAAUGUGGCAAUGACGAAUUAAUCCAUUUACAAAUAAUCUGUAUGAAUUACAUUACUCAUUUUGCAUUUCAAUACACAUAAUAUCGCUCUGUUCGUUCAAGUAACGCAAUCUGUAUUUUCUGCACGGAUGUCAAUAGAAGUAGCAUACACCUUUAACAUUGGAUUUCACCGGAGCAAAGAUUCAGCAUGUGUGGUCAUGUAAACACACUGACAUGUUUUCCUUUAUCAGUGUUAGGUCAUAAACGACGCAAGAAUAAGCCGAUAGACACAGGUCAUUUUUGCCCAUUACUCAGAUUUCGCGUUGCAUGUAAACACCUUCACAGCUCAUUGUUCAUAAACCGAUUAUUAGACACUGGGCUCUCAAAUCAUUUUUGCCGGCCUGAAAGCCAAUUUGUCUACAUGAUGAUUGGUUGAGCUCUCCAAAAAGAGGGACUUCUGGAAGAAAAAAUCCCAUUCAUUUUUUCCAUAGCCGAAUUGAUUUUCAACGAUAGCUUAUAAACCUUUAAAGACCUACUGUGAGCUCUGAGGUUGUUCAUCGAUGGUAUACACCGAUCAGUCACAACAUUAAAACCGCCUGCCUAAUAUCGUGUAGGUCCCCUUCUUGCUGCCAAAACAGCUCUGACCCAUCGAGGCAUGGACUCCACAAGACCUCCGAAGGUGUCCUGUGGUAUCUGGCACCAAGACGUUAGCAGCAGAUCCCUCAAGUCCUGUAAGUUGUGAGGUGGGGCUUCCAUGGAUCAGACUUGUUGGUCCAGCAUAUCCCACAGAUGCUCAAUUGGAUUGAGAUCUGGGGGAUUUGGAGGCCAGGGCAACACCUUGAACUAUUCCCGAACAAUGUGUGCAGUGUGGCAGGGUGCAUUAUCCUGCUGAAAGAGGCCACUGCCAUCAGGGAAAACCACUGACAUGAAGGGGUGUACCUGGUCUGCAACAAUGUUUAGGUAGGUGGCACGUGUUAAAGUAACAUCCACAUGAAUGCCAGCACCCAAGGUUUCCCUUGGCCUCCGCCAGCCUGACUUCUUCCCAUGGUGCAUCCUGCUGCCAUCUCUUCCCCAGGAAAAUGACGCCCCCGGUCAUCCACAUGAUCUAAAAGAAAAACGUGAUUCAUCAGACCAGGCCACCUUCUUCUAUUGCUCCAUGGUCCAGUUCUGACACUCACGUGCCCAUUGUAGGUGCAUUUGGUGGUGGACAGGGGUCAGCAUGGGCACUCUGACCGGUCUGCGGCUACGCAGCCCCAUACGCAGCAAGCUGCGAUGCACUGUGUGAUCUGACACCUUUCUAUCAUGGCCAGCAUUAAGUUUUUCAGCAAUUUGUGCUACAGUAGCUCUUCUGUGGGAUCAAGCUAGCCUUCACUUCCCACGCGCAUCAAUAAGUCUUGGGCGGUUAACCGGUUGUCCUUCCUUGGACAACUUUUGGCAGGUACUAACCACUGCAUACCGGAAACACCCUACAAGACCUGCCGUUUUGGAGAUGCUCUGACCCAGUUGUCUAGCCAUCACAAUUUGGCCCUUGUCAAAGUCACUCAGAUCCUUACGCUUGCCCAUUUUUCCUGCUUCCAACACAUGAAAUUCAAGAACUGACUGUUCAACUUGCUGCCUAAUAUAUCCUACCCCUUGACAGGUGCCAUUGUAAUGAGAUAAUCAAUGUUAUUCACUUCACCUGGCAGUGGUUUUAAUGUUGUGACUGAUCAGUGUAUGCUUCCGUUGAAGCCAUCCGUCUGCGUUGUCAACUUCAUUGUUUAAAAAUCGAGUUUGAUAGCCGAAUUCCCCGUAAACAACUACAUUACCCAAUCAGAGAACCGCAGCCAACCAAGCGCGUGAAACGAGUCUCGGAGCGACUGGCCACUCCCAGGUUGCACUGUGAAUGAUGUAACCAAGUCAGUCUCCCUUCACCCUUAAACUAUAUGUACAUAACACAAUAUUUAGCAAUAAACAUAAAAUAUAUUGUUUCUAUACUUAUAAUCAACAUCCUAAAACCAGUAGUUUUAUACAUUCCCAUCGUUUUUUUAAUCAUUCGCAAUGCUUCUUAGGAUUGUAGUUGACGUUUUUAUUUUGUUUUUUUUUUUGCCUCAAAAAAAGUUUGUAAUGUUGUGAUUAGGGAUGACACCAAGCUGAUACCUGAAUCGGCUCUGAUACUGACGUUUUAGACGGAUCAAUUAUUGGUCCGACAAGCCCGAUCCAAAUCCGAUACUGUGUUUUAGGCCUGCUAUACACUGUAGGAUUUUUACAGUCCUUUAAGAUUGUUGCUUGUCAGACUGUACGAUAUGAACGUAUUGAUAUUGCCAUGGCACACUGUGCGACAUUAUGCGAGUCUGUACGAUACACAUCGUAGCCAAUUGUGGUCCCAAUCAGUGAACGGGACUCACAUUUUACGGGAGCGUUGCAGAAUAGAAGUGAAUCUUAAUUAAAGAUGUUUACAGACGUUUAAAGUAAAUUUAUUAAAAGUAAAAUGGUAAUUAAAAUAAAGUUGUAAAGAAAAUGCAUGAUAAAUGUAAAGAAAAAAACGAAUGUUGCUAUGGUGGUGCAGAUGCGGAUCAGGGUUUUUUCCAAGUGAAUUGGGGUGCGAGAGGGGGGCGGAAUAUCUCGUCUGAAAGUCGUAAUUGCAGUCACACUAUACGACUGCGAUGCUAAAUUUCUGACACUGCCAGAACUUUGGAGGCUAAAGAUCAUCGCAAAGGCUAUUAAUCGGCCUCUGUGAACCGAAAUUUGUCUCAGACGGCAGAAUCAUGGCCAAAAUUGUAGAGUGUGCACUGGGCUUUAGUCAUGUUCUUUAAUGUCAAGCUCCAAAAAUGACAUAAAAGAACCAUAAAAACACCAUUAAAGCAGUUCAUAUGACUCGUGCAUUUUAUUCAAAGCCACUUGUAGACGUGCGAUUGCUCUACGAAUCACAAAAGGCUGUGUUUAAUAAGUAAAUAUAUAAAAUGCACGCGCAGCGCCAGCGCGUUAGUGAAUGGCGUUGCUCUGUUGACACUCUUCACGUGGUGUGCAAUAUUUGAGCGCUACUCGCGAGCAACAUCUCAGAUGUAGGAGCAUUUUACCAGAAUUUGAAUAAGCAGCGAAUUAAACUACCGUAAACUUGCCUAUAAACAGACACAUACAGGACUUCCUGGAGAGUUUAGUAUGUCAAAAUAAAAGCCAGAGGGUUUUCUUUUCGGUGCAUCCUUAGUUGUGAUUCACUUCAGACCUGGUUUCUUUGAUUCAUAGCUUACAACUCUUUUAUGGAGGAUUCUAUGAAAAACCUAUGCAAAAAAUAAGUACUUCCGGAACCAAGAUGGCUGCAAAAGUGGGCGGGCACUGUUGUGGUCUAUUGAAAUAAGUAUGUGAUUGACAGUGUUAAACCGUCUCUGUUGAGUGCAGAGUGUUCGGCGGCUCGGAGAUAUAUGCGCUGGUAUUCGCAAUCUGACUUAAAGGGAUAGUUCACCCAAAAAUUAAAAUUCAGUCAUUGUUUACUCACCCCUGUGUUGUUAUAACACUAUAUGACUUUCUUUCUUUUUCUGAACACAAAGGGAGAAAUUGUGAAGAAAUGUUGUGCUCAGUGAUGUCAUACAAUGGCAGUUUAUGGUGACCACCUCUUCAAGCUUCAAAAGAACACAAAAGUAUAAUUCAGAAGUCUAAUAAAUUAUUCAUGAGACUCAUGAUUGUUUUGAAAGUAUACGAUAAGAUUUGGUGAGAAACAAACUGAAAUCUAAUGUAUUAUUUAGUGAAAAUGUUGACUGACCGUUGAUCUCCUGUGUGCGUUCAUGAUAGGGCACGAGAGCAACAGUUCACACAGCACCCUCACGACAUUGGGGCGUUCAAGCGAAAACUCGUUUUGCUUAUCUAAAAGCAGCGAUAGUGACAACAGAACACAACACAGCUGCACACAAAACAGAGAACAGAACUGACUAAACAUGUCUGAAGGGUUUGUAGUCCAAGAAUUGAUGCAUUUCUAUGCCCAGCCUUAUUUUUUUUAAUGUUUUUGGACCAGUGGCAGUUCACAGUCGACGGAGUUACACGCAUGAUCCCGAAAAAUAGAAAAUAGCUUUUCACUCAAAGUGUGUCAGAAAUAUAAUUUGUAAUGUAAAAUGUUCCUGUAUUUUUAGGUGUUUACUAGAUGUUCUCUAUUUUAUUGACUGUCAUUAGUUGUGAUGUCAUGGUCAUCAGAUGUGUUGAUUGGUCAUGACAUAUUUUAAAUUUGGUUCUGUUGCACUCUGUUUGUAAAUGCCUGACGAAGGUUGAGUGACCGAAACGUUGCUGAAUAAAUUUUGAUACUCUUUGCAAGCCAGGAUAGUGUGCGGGAUUUUUUCCAUUUCAUUGUAAUAUAAAAUGUAAAAUACAUGUAAAAUGUGCUUAGAAUGCUACUGAAUGAAGUAU